ACACGCCAAUCCCAAAGGGGCAACUCGCUCAGGUCAUACUCGAGAAAAAAACAAAAGCACGGUGAAAAUGGAAACGCAAUUGCAAACACAACGGCCUCUUCUACUCUCUCUACUCUUUGCCACCUUACUCCUCCACCUCCAGUCAUUCGCGGCGGUAGCUUCUCACGGCCCCGCCUCGCAAUCUAACAGCACGGAUUACAUCCGUUCAAGCUGCGUCGCGACACUGUAUCCUGAAAUCUGCUUCACUUCCCUUUCCCGUUAUGCCAGUGCUGUCCAGCAAAAUCCGGCCCGUCUAGCUCGAGUCGCCAUAGGCGUAAGCCUUUCGAGAGCCAGACGCAUGACCGCCUACGUCUCUAACCUCUCCCGCCAAGCUGACUACGGCUCCGACCAUCGCGCAGCCGCAGCUCUACACGACUGCUUCUCCAACUUUGGAGAUGCUGUAGACGAGAUCCGAGGCUCGCUUAAGCAGAUGCGACAGCUCGGAGCAGCAGGAUCUUCGGCAGAGGCAUUUAGGUUCCAAAUGAGCAACGUGCAAACGUGGAUGAGCGCUGCUUUGACGGACGAAGAAACUUGUACGGACGGGUUCGAGGAUGUUCCGGAAGGGCCGGUGAAAUCUGAAGUGUGUGAGCGCGCGGCAGACGUGAAAAAGUUUACAAGUAAUGCGCUAGCUCUGGUGAAUAGUUACGCUGCGAAAGGAAUAGCUUGAGUAAUUAAGCUUGAUAAGUGUGAUUUUGAUUUCCAUUGGUAGUUAAAGAUCAGUCGUAUCGUGUGAGUGUAAUACAUGUUAGGAAGUAAAAAGAGAUGUUUGGUAUUGAGUUUUAGUUAGUCCGUGUGAUGUAUAUCUAGUCGAUUUUGCAGUUGCUGUUUGGUGUGGUAGUUCCUUCUUUUCCUCACUGAAAGAAGAAAGAAAAUGGAGGGAAUUAAGCUUUCUUUUCUUUUUCCCUCGAGUUGUAACAGAGUUUAAUGAGAUGGUUAGACUCAGAGUAACUUGAUGUGUAGAAAUUCAGAGUUAACUUUCACAA